UUAGCGGAACAAAUAAACUCUCGAGGGUCCGAACCCUUAGAGCAUCUCAGACUGUUAGACGGCGCUUAGCAAGCAGCUUUUGGAGUUCGGAGUUUCACCGCUCCGCCGGACGUCGAUAAGCUUCAGAGUUUGCAAAUACUCUUCGUUCUGUUCUCUUCUGUAGAUCAGGUCUAUUCGACCCCACCCUAACCCAGCAAAUUUGUGGCCAAAGGCACUUGGUCUCCAAAUAACAGUGAAACUUCUGCUUGCUGCUUAUACACUUGUAGUUAGUAUAGAUGAGGUUGCUGACGCACAAUAUGCUAUCAUCCAACAUAAAGGGUGUGACGAAUGGCUUCCCAUUGCGCAUUGAAGCAGAGAAAGUGGUAGAAAAGACAGUGGAGAUGAAUGCUGACUUUCUGAAAAAGAUGUUUGAGAAGAUACAGUGGAAGGCAUUUGUUGAUGCGUCUCGGGCCAUGGGUUACACUGAACUCCCAGAGGAAGUUAACCCAUCCAUGCUCGAAUCUGAUGAGUUUCUCAGCAGGUUUCAUCACGCUCUUUUUGAACUUCACCUUGAAGAAGGUGCACUUGUUUGCCCAGAAACUGGACGACGAUUCCCCGUCAACAAGGGAAUCCCAAACAUGCUUCUUCAUGAGGAUGAGGUGUGAAUUAAUUUCACUAGUUAAUUAGCUUUGCCUUGUUAUCAGUGAAUCUGCUUAUUCAGUUUUCAAUUAGGUGCUACUGAGGGUCUCACUUUGAGCCAAUAGAAGCCUGUUUUUAAGUACAUUGAGAAUUUGCUAUAGAUGCUAGGUUGUAAUUGGUCUUCUGCUCGAAGAUGUUAGAAGUUCAUGCUUUUUUCCCCUUCUAGUAGAAGUUCUCUAGCAUGUGACAUCAAAAAGAUGGCUUUGUGUUACUUUGUGUUCCCAUGCAUGGGUGAAUGAGAAAAAGGAUUGCACUAUUAUACAAA